CCUCCAAACGCUUAUGUGUCUCUCAGUAAUUCGCCACACAUUCCAUUUCAAUAGCUUAAAGUCCCGCCCCUCACUUGACAGCAAUUGCUCCGCCUGACUAGCACGGAAAGUAUUAUUCCCUGCAGGCGUGAGGAGGUUCGCUACACGCGACGGCAGAUGAAAGCGCCCUCUCUACCAGCUAGCUAUAUCGACCGUUUUUGCAUGACGGUGUUGCCUUGGUGAGAAGAAGCCGAACAAAACCAUAACUUAGCGGCAGAACUUUUGCCAAUGUAACAACGUCAAUGAUUAGCUUCUAUUGAUCGUAGUUUUGGGUAAUAUAGUGUAAAACUUCUGUUUAUUAAACUUUUCGUCCUGAAUGUUUCCAAAAAAGUGCUAAGGUUAUGAAAAAAUGGUUUGGGUCAUCUUUUUACUUAUUAUACUCCCCAAUAUUUCGUUAAUCUUCUAGACUUUGUGCAGUAAAAGGAUGUUGUUUUUAACAUGAGUUUAGAAUGUCAAUGUUGAAAUAUUUGAAGUGAAAUUAAAGAAUAGGAACCGGCAUUCAAAGACUAGCUACUUCAUUCUGAACAGGUAAACAUCCAAAUAAAUCCACAAAAUCAGUCAGACUGAAAGAAAGAAGAAAAGAAAAAACCUUUAGUUUUUCUGCUAAGAUUAGAAGAUACUGAUUUCUGAUGUGAAACUUUGUUUGAAAGUUUGGACGGACUAUUCAGUCUAGCGCUCAGAUGUUAUUGGAUUGUUCUGGUUUCGCAUGUUCAUCAGAAAAGUAAGAACGAACUAGAAGAAGAAAAAAAAGAGGACAAAAAGUGUACAAAGUAUUGAAUCUUUAUUUCCAAUAAAUACAAUGUAUUAACCAGAGAUCUAUAUAGACUUGUGUUUGUAACGCUAUGUUUUACCUAUAGUAACAGUGUUCAAGAAAAAAUUCAAACUUGUUAAAAAACAACAACAACAGAAUGCAACAAUCACCAAUCUCUUGUCCUCUCGACGAGCCGAGAUCUACGUCUACAGGGAGGUCAACUGACUUUUCUAUCGCUGCUAUCAUGGCCCGCCACGGACCUGAACGUGAAAUGUCGGUAGCAAAAAAGGCCCUAACAAUCGCAGACAUUUCAGAAAAGUCAGUAAGUCCACCGCUCGAUUGCUGUUCUUGUGAUUCUAAAGUAACCCUGCUAAGCUCACUGGCUACGAUUGACAAAGGAAAGGUUACCGUGGAACAUCCCCAUCGUUCUCCGCCGCCAGGUUCCGAUACUGACGACAACGAUGCGAGAUCGCCCCUGUCGCCGGACGAGGAGGAAGAAUCGUCUUCUUCGGUAAACACGCUUUCUGAUGAGAGCGAGGAUGAUCUCUCGCAGUCCGCGGCCGGCCUUAAACGGAAGACGAGACAUACCUCGCACAAGAAAGCUUCUUCCAAUCCGUACGCUAGCGCCCUCAAACCACGGUGCAACUGUGAAGAACUAAAAAAGGUUAAAUGUUACUUGGAGAACAAAGAUUUAUGGGACAAGUUCUUCGAGCAAAGAACAGAAAUGAUUAUAACAAAAUCAGGAAGACGAAUGUUCCCUACCGUUAGGGUUUCUUUUACCGAUCUCAACCCAAAUAAGAAAUACUUCGUGUUGCUUGACAUUGUUCCGGUAGACAACAAGAGAUACCGCUAUGCUUACCACCGGUCCUCGUGGCUAGUUGCCGGAAAAGCCGAUCCUCCUUCCCAAGCACGUAUCUACCUCCACCCAGACUCCCCUUUCACCGAGGACCAACUGAAGAAACAAAUGAUCUCAUUCGAAAAGGUUAAACUGACCAACAAUGACAUGUACAAACAGGGGCACAUUGUUCUGAAUUCGAUGCACAAAUACCAGCCAAGGAUACAUCUCGUGCAGAGGAAUGAUUUGUCUGCGACGACACCAAUAAAUGACUUAGAAACCGAAGAAUUCCGAACGUUUGUCUUUCCCGAAACAGUCUUUAUAGCAGUAACGGCCUACCAAAAUCAGCUCAUCACAAAGUUGAAAAUCGACAGCAACCCCUUCGCUAAAGGUUUUCGGGAUUCGUCCCGUAUUACAGAAAUGGAAAGGAAGACCAUGAUAUCAGAUCAAUCUCACUUCCAGGUCCUCCCAUAUCUGGGACUGGGUACUGAAGGUGUGCUUCUCCAAGAUAAGGCUGCUUUCUUAAGCCUACCUCCGAGACCUCCAGUUGUUUGGAAACCACCAGGACUUCCGGCUCCUCUUAUAUCCAAUAAUUUGUACAAUAUUAUAUCAUCUAACCCAAAUUAUUUGCCAAAUAUUUAUUCCCUGAAUCCUUUAAGUGCCCACACCUCCCUUAUUGGACUCCCUCCUCAACUAUGGCCACAAUGGGCAACCAAUAACUCUGGUGAUUUUGGACAUAUAGGAAUGAUGACGUCACUUGAAAAUCCUGACUCAAUUUCCGGUUCUUCUCACAUGACAAAAGUAUUUCGUCCAGCAACUCAUCAUCAUUCGAACUUUGUACUUAAUUCCAAUGUUCAACGAUAUACUCCCUAUCACUUUACCAGGAAAGACUCAGAGUUGCCCUCUAGAGAAUCGUACACGAUCCAAUCGGAAGUUCCCGACAUGAUCGCUUGAAAAGGCCGGUUGUUCGCUGUAUAGGUACUACAUAAAUUAUUCCCCAGUGCUGCCACCUAUCAUAUAGUCAAUGCGAAAAUGGGCAACAAGAGUAUGAGCCCUCUCUGCAUCUUUAGCGUGUAGUAUGAAAGUUACGGGUAUAACUAGAAGUUUGUAAAGAUGGAUAUUAUAUUUAACCUCUUGUAAAAAGAGGGAAAAAUUAUGUUGGGUUAACUGUAUUAAUACCAUUAAGUAAAUUGUUCCUACACUAUUACGUAGGAAUGUAAAACAUUAUAAAAACGCCCCCAGUCAGGCAGGGUUGACGAAGCUGAGGUUUUGUUUUAAUUUUGGCCGGCUUGAAAAUAUAAACAAUGUCUCUAGUCUCACUGGUUAAUGAUGAAACUGUGACAAUCAAUCUCAAGAGUUUGUGUCUAUUCAAGUAAUGGUAGAUACGUGUCUCUCACCUACGACAUAUUGAAUAACCUAAAAGUAAUAACAUUUAAACUUCGCAUAAUUAAACAAUUGUAAAAUAAUGUAAUUUUCAUUUUGAGCCUGACGACGACAACAUGUGGGCAGACUCUCGA